AUGGGCCGACACACGGUGCUCGUUGUUCUCCUGGCGCUCUUCACAGGGGCGGAUGGAUUCGUGCCGUCCUUCCUCGCACGACCCAUUACCACAGCGGCAACGACGGCAGCACCGCAAAGAUCCUUGCAGAUGGUGUCUGCGGGUGUGUCAACCAUGGACGUGCUCAAGGAUGGAAUCAAGGCCGUCGCUGUCGGCGUGAGCGGAAGCAAGCCCAUACCAGAGGACUUGGUUUCGCCGCUUAUUCAGGCAAUAGGUUCGCUGGACAAGGCCAAUGCUGAUGUCGAGGCCUUGGAGCGAUUGGCUUCCUUCCUAGGCACUCUGUUCGUCAAGAACAAGAUCACAGAGACGGACGAGAAGGUCCUGGCAGCAGCGGCAAAGAGAAGGCCCAAGCUUAAGGACGUGGGGUCCGUGAGGGCGGGCUGCAGCGCUGGACAGGUGCUGUCGCUGGCGGGGGGAGACAAGGCAAGCGCCGACACGCAAGAGCUGGCUCUCAAGCUCUUGUCGGGGGAGACGCUGGACGAGGAAGAGGCCUACCGGCUAGGGAAGCGCAUCUUCGACGUACAGCAGCCUUCGACUGUGCUGUGCCUCUGUGUCCAGAUCCUGCGGGUCAGAUACGAAUCUCCUUCGGAAUGGCGAGGGCUGAUCAAGGCGCAGCAGGAGACCUUGCGGGUGGAACGGUUCAACCCUCAGGUGGUCUCGGACGCGUAUCAGAGAGGGAAAGAGUCUGGGAACAAUCCCCGGCUUGUCGUCCAGCUGGCCGAACCAUUCGACGGUAUGGACCGGGGGGAGUUGCUGACGCCCUUGCUGGCACAGCACCUGCAAAGCAAGUUCAACGUGGUGGCAGUGUCGCAGUGCGGCAGGUCCUCCGGUCCGAAGUACGGCCAAAACUUGCUCGACAUCGCCACCGGCAUGACUUCCCUGAGCACCCCCUUCGUCCACUCCAACUCGGACAUCGAGCGUGACGUGGAGGUCGGAAACGGCGGCAUCGACCCGCCAGAAUUUGGCUGGUACGUCGACCAGCAGGAGAUCAGCUUGGAGCUGGACGCGUGGGUGGACCUCCGGAGAAAUAUCAUCAAGAGGCCGUUCCUGGCCACGUCGGAGAAGUUCAUCAACACUUGCGGUGCUUCCGUGUUGGUGGCGAGCGCUUUCCAUCCGUCCUACGCGGAAAAGAUGAUGACCUGCGCGGAAACGGCCACGGACUUCAAGGGUUGCAUGGUCGUCAGAAAGGGGCUAGAGGGGUCGCUGGGCUUUGGGCUGGCGCGGGAAACUGAGAUCGUGUGCGGAGUGCGAAAAGACGACGGUUCAUUCGAGAAGAUGUCCUACACCUUCGCUGCCAAGGACAUGGGCUGGGAGAAGGAGGGGGAUCCGAUGGGAGCAAAAGACGCAAAGGAGACGAUAGGCAACAUCAAGUCCUUCUCGCUCGAAGGUUCUUCUGGGGACGAAUACUUCGACAAGAGGGUCAAGCUUUCAAGUGCUGGGCUGGAGGUUGGCAUGGAGUGGAUAAUGGCAAGGCUGAAAUCAUAGUGGAAAAACGGGCUCCACAGCAUUACUUUAGAAACAGCAGCCUUCCCAAAGAGGUUGUGCAAACUCGAGCGGCUUGGGACCGCACGGCUUACCCAAUAGACGAAGCUCACAGUAGUAGUACAGGGGGAAUGCCGUACGAUGGGAAGAAUAGCACAGGGGAGGUUUAUUUGAGGUGGUAAUGGCAUGAGACUGCUGUUCUGGUUCUCCAUAGACCUUUUCCAUGAAGAUCUUUUUUAGUGGCUGUUU